UAUCACGACACAUUACCCCUAGUGUUGGUUUGUGAUGCCUCCCCUUAUGGGGUGGGGGCUGUGCUCAGCCAUAGACUUCCGAACGGCACAGAAGCCCCUAUAGCUUUUUACUCUAGAACGAUGUCCUCCCCAGAGAGAAACUACAGCCAAUUAGACAAAGAAGCACUAGCCAUUGUGUCAGGGGUUAAAAAAUUCCAUGAGUAUGUCUUUGGGCGGAAUUUUGAAAUCGUGACUGACCACAGACCGCUACUAGGGUUACUGGCUGGCGACCGCCCAACGCCUGUGGCACUUUCGCCACGCUUGACCCGAUGGACUAUAUUCCUAGCCGCUUACUCGUACAAGCUGCAGCAUCGACCAGGAAAAGAAGUGGGGCAUGCAGACGCGUUAAGCCGAUGCCCACUACCAGGGGCGACCGAAGACCCCACUCCGGGGACGCCCAUCCUACUUAUUGACUCGUUGGACUCUGGCCCAGUCACAUCUAAGGAAGUGGCUCGGGCAUCAUACCGGGACAUUGUGUUAAGGACUGUACUCGGUUGGGUACAGAGAGGGUGGCCCGCUGCGCCGGGCGAACGGUUCAAAGAAUUUGUUAAAAAACGAGAUGAGCUCUCGGCUCAAGGGGGGUGCCUGUUAUGGGGUGAUCGUGUAAUAAUUCCUGAUAAAUUAAGGGGAAAGGUAUUGGACCUCCUCCACGAGGGUCACCCAGGGAUCGUAAGGAUGAAGGGGUUAGCUAGAAGCUAUGUAUGGUGGCCACUCAUGGACGCAGAGAUUGCUGAGAGGGUAGGGAAAUGCCAGGCUUGCCAAGAGUCCAGACCUCUACCCCCAACGGCCCCAGUCAGGAAAUGGGAAAAGCCCCAAGGUCCCUGGUCAAGAAUCCACAUUGAUUUUGCUGGCCCUUUCCACGGCCAAACGUUCCUAGUGGUUGUUGAUGCAUUCUCUAAAUGGUUGGAGAUCAUACUCAUGAAAUCCACUACGGCCGAAGCAGUAAUCGCAACCCUGCGCCACCUAUUCGCAACUCACGGGUUGCCGGACACUCUGGUGUCCGACAAUGGGCCUCAAUUCACGGCAGCCCAGUUUGAAGAAUACCUGGCAGAGGAGGGCAUCCGACAUGCCCUCUCUGCGCCUUUCCACCCUGCGUCGAAUGGCCUUGCAGAGCGUUCCGUCCGGAGCGCUAAGGAGGCAUUGUCCAGGCUCAAGCCAGGUGACUGGCAAACAAAGAUAGACUUUUUCCUAGCCGUCCAGCACAGAACCCCAAGCACGGCCACCGGGAAAAGCCCAGCCGAAUUACUAAUGGGACGGAAACUCCGGUGCCCACUUGACCGUUUGAACCCCCAGAAUAUCUCUAUGGCUAAUGAAGCUGCAGGUUAUGCCUGA